AUGGGCGAUCUAGAGACUGUUGCGAACGAAGUGAUCCAGAAGCAUUUGAAGGAUCCGUUUGACUAUGAAAAAGUGCAGUUCGAAGUGCUCUCCACUAUCAGGUACGACCCUGUGCUCUACUCUGGAAGCUUGAGCUUACCGGAAGCUCUCGUUUGCUCUCCGCUUGACCAGUCGUUCUUCUUGUUCCUGGACUACCAUGUUGACAGGCUAAACGAGACUGCAGAGUUUUUUGAGCUUCCAGCCCAAAAGCUCAACUCGUCGUUGCUGGCAGCACAGCUCUCCCAAGCACUCUACGAUAAAGAUGUGUAUCAGGCUCACAAAAUGCGGUAUCUUCUGAACAAAGAUGGUCAGGUUGAGAUACAGGCUGUUCCAAUAGCCUCCUCGUUAAAUCUGGAUAUCAAUUGCCCUCCGACCUGGACAUUGUAUUUGGACUCUGAGCCUACGAUAAUUUCUCCAUUUACCUCUUUUAAAUCCACUUAUCGCAGUCAUUACACGGAAGCCCGCAAGCGCAAAAUCCCUCCUGGUGCAGAAAAUGCUGAUGUGGUGCUUUUCAACCAUGCAGACCAGAUCACCGAGACGUCGAUCUGCAAUAUAGCUGUGCUCCGCAACGACAAAAAUCCUUUAACAGGCGAAAUCAAUACCAGGUGGACUACGCCUCCACUUUCAUCAGGGUGUCUCUGUGGUGUUACAAGGAGAUACCUGCUGGAGAAGGGUCUCAUAAGCGAAGGGGUGAUCAUGAAAAACAGCAUAAAAGACGGCGAGCAGGUUCUGAUAUUUAAUGGCAUCAUGGGUGUUGCCAAAGCCGUGAUAAAAUUAUAA